ACCCCGGAGAUGAGGGGAAGAUGUCCGUGUCAGGGCUCAAGGCCGAGCUGAAGUUCCUGGAGUCCAUCUUCGACAAGAACCACGAGCGGUUCCGGAUCGUCAGCUGGAAGCUGGACGAGCUGCACUGCCAGUUCCUGCUGCUGCCGGGGGGCAGCCCCCACCCGCCUCCCCUCACCAUCCACUGCAACAUCACGGAGUCUUACCCUUCUUCAUCGCCAAUAUGGUUUGUGGAAUCAGAUGACCCGAAUCUGACGUCCGUUCUGGAACGCCUAGAAGAUAUUAAGAAGAGCAACACAUUGCUUCUUCAGCAGCUGAAACGAUUGAUAUGUGACCUCUGCAGAUUGUACAACCUCCCUCAGCAUCCAGAUGUUGAGAUGCUAGAUCAGCCACUACCAACUGUUCAGAAUGGAACAACAGAAGAAGUUACUUCCGAAGAAGAGGAAGAGGAAGAUAUGGGUGAAGAUAUUGAAGACCUGGAUCACUAUGAUAUGAAGGAAGAGGAACCCGUUGAUGGAAAGAAGUCAGAGGAUGAAGGCAUCGAAAAAGAGAACCUGGCAAUAUUAGAGAAAAUUAGAAAGAAUCAAAGGCAAGACCAUUUAAAUGGUGCCGUAUCUGGGUCAGUACAGGCUUCCGACAGACUUAUGAAAGAGCUCAGGGAUAUAUACAGAUCACAGAGUUAUAAGACAGGGAUUUAUUCAGUGGAACUUGUAAAUGACAGCCUGUACGAAUGGCAUGUUAAACUCCUAAAGGUUGAUCCUGACAGUCCAUUACAUAGUGAUCUUCAGGUUUUAAAAGAAAAAGAAGGCGUAGAAUACAUUUUGCUCAAUUUCUCUUUUAAGGAUAACUUCCCCUUUGACCCUCCUUUUGUGAGGGUGGUGUCUCCUGUCCUCUCAGGAGGAUAUGUUCUGGGUGGAGGUGCAUUGUGCAUGGAACUUCUCACAAAACAGGGCUGGAGUAGUGCCUAUUCAAUAGAAUCAGUCAUCAUGCAAAUCAAUGCCACUUUAGUCAAAGGAAAAGCCAGAGUGCAGUUUGGCGCUAAUAAGAAUCAAUAUAAUCUAGCAAGAGCACAACAGUCCUAUAAAUCCCUAGUACAGAUACAUGAGAAAAACGGCUGGUACACUCCUCCGAAAGAAGAUGGUUAAAAUUCCGGACAGUUGUAUACCUGGACUGAUAUUGCUAAAUCACAGUUAUUUCCAACACAGACACAAGCUAUGAGUGCCCCUAUAACAGCUGUACUGAAGACUUUAGCUAUUAGAUAUGUUAGUGGAUAAUCUGUCAACUGACAUCUGAUAUAAGUUACAGCCUUUUCAUUCCGCUCUUCAUAGGUAUCUUGGACUGAGCAGUUUUGGCCUUGACACUCUUGUCGGGUAAAUCAGCAUCCUAGGCCACUCCCUCCUGCGUCCCAUUUGUUUGUUAAAAGUGUAAAUUGUUUAAAGCAGGUAAUUCUGCCUCAAGUUACUAAAGUAAAUCACAGUCCUUUUUUGUGUACCUCUCCAUCACCUUUUUUAGGAUGAGGACUCUGAAAACUUUCAAUAUAUGGUUUCAUUAAAGCCAGUAAAAGUUUAAUCAUUGUUUAAUACUGUUUUAGGGGAAAUUUCAAGACUUGUAAAUUGCAGUAGUUUUUUUUUGGGUUGAAAAUAAAAAAAAAAACAUUUGUAGUAUUGCCAAAUUAAUUAUAUAGGAAAACCACAUGUAUGUUAAGUCAUUAAACUUUUUUUAUGGCUCUGUGAGGGUAUGAACUGUUUCUUGGAAAGAUACUUCAAUUCGAUUAUGUUGCAUUUUUCAGCAGAGCAAGGCUGUGCCAAUUAAAAUGUGUAACUAGUCAUUUCCACUGGGGCAUCAGAAUCUUGCUGGGCUGUACCUGCUAUUUGUCGGUUCGAUUUUACCUUACAAAGAGGAGCCACAGUAUAAAGCUUGAAGUUAUUUAAAAUACUAAAAAAAGCCGUUUUUGGUGUUCAAUUUUAUUAACGGGUUGUUGCAAUCAUUGGUAAACUAAUGAACUUAUAAAGUGAUUGACACACAGAGUCAAAAUCCUUGAGCAAAAGCUACAGUACAGUAAAGCAGACGGGCAUCACUUUGGAGAAUUCUUGGAAGUAAUGUUGCCAUAGUCAUGACAGUGGUUUUGAUAUCGAAAGACUAACGGAAACUCUGACGUGAAUUCUUUCAUUCGUAAAAAAAUGAAUCUGGAUCAGUAAAUGCUUCAUUUCAUUGCCUUACCUGUCUCAAUUCUGUUUUGUUAGUAAUAGAUCUUUUGUACCCUAGGUUUGAGUUAAGGGUGUGUACCAGGGAUUAAAGCACUUUUAAAAAAGAAGCCCAAAAGCAUGCCUUCAUUUUUCCACACUUGUUAGAGUCUGAGUGUUUUUUUUCUUAUCAGACUUUUGCUUUUUAGAUCCAGUGUUUAGCUUUAUAAACCACGUUGAGGAGUCUUGGCAUGAUUCUCGGUACAGUAAAACCUCUACUUAACGGAACUUCCUUAUUACAGAAAACUACACCGAAUGAAAAUUUUCACUGAUCCCAGCAACUCUGUAAUUUACGUCAAUAUUCCUUUAUAAAACCUCUGUAGGAAGGGCUUCCAAGAACUAAGGCCCUGUUAAUUAUUCCUUUCAGGCUUGUUGAAUAGAGGUUUUACUGUAUAUUUGUCUUUUGUCUUGAUUUUUUUUUUUAAUGGGAGUACUAUAUAGACUUUCCAGCCUUCUUGCAUAUCUGGUUGUAUUUGUAUAAGGUCCUUGUAGCCACUUGCUCAGCUAGCAUCCUUAAGCGAAAAGGCCGAGCUCUUUUAAGCAUUAAAGUUCCUUAAAAUCUGAGGCUAAAAUCUUGAAUACAUUAUUGAAUUCUUUAAUAUUCUGAUGGGCUAGCAGGUUGACAGCUGCACAUUUGGCAUGCUUUUUUUGGAUUUCAUUUUUUUCAUUACAGAAUUAUUUGGCAAUGUACAGUAAAUUUGUAAACUUGCAUCAAGUUUAUGAAUAAAGAACCAUUUUAAGAAGAA